AUGGAAAUAUAAAUUAGUGAAGAAAGGAAAGCUGAACUUCUCAGAAAAGAUAAAGAAGAAAAGGAGAAUAGAAGAAAACUACUGGAAAAUGGAAAUAAUGGAUAUUAAGAUUUAUCUGAAGCUAAUUAAUAUAGCGGAUAUUCAAAGUAAUUUAGUGGCUCUAGAUUAAGGGAUCAAAAUGAUAAUAUUGAUACCAAUUAAGGUGACAUAAGUGGCAAGAUGGUUAUAGCUAGUAUCCUAAAUAAUAAAUAUUAGGGUGAUAAUAAAUAAAGUGAGGGUUUAUUUGAAGUUAAUCACUAAGAAAAUGAAGAUUAUGAGAAUUAUGAAGAUAUCAUUCAAAAGGGAAACGAUCCUAACAGUCACAUUGAUUAUAUACAAAAUAUACAACAAAAAGAUACAGUUCCUAAAUCUAAUUUUUAACAAUUUAAUAAUUAAGUAUAAUAUGGAGUAGAAUAAUUAAUUUAAGAAAAGCUAAAUGCUAACUAAGGAAACCUAUUUAGUUUAGAUCAAAUAAAAUAAAGACUUCAAAAUAUUCAGUAAAGGAAUGCGGAUAUGAAAUAACAAUUCUAAUAAAAUAUAUAAAAUAUCUCAACAUAAAAUGAACCAGAGACUUAAAACGCUUAUUAGAUGCAAUAACAGCAAGGAGGUUAAUCAUAGUAAUUUUAGCCCUCUUUUGUGAAGUAUAUGAAUCCAGCAUCAGCUUUACCUCCUCAUCCCACAUAGGCAAGAGUUGAAAAAAACUACAAUUAAAUGCCUCUAUCAAGAAAUGAAGAUAAUUACAAUUAAAAAGAAAACUAAUAAAGUAAAUCAGCAAAAAAGCUAACUUAUAACACAUACUUGCAAUAAAAUAAAGAAAGCUCACAACAGUAGCUCCAUGCAGGCUAACUUACUUUCCAAGGAGAUUAAAAUGAAUAAUAUGAAGAACAGAGAUAAAACACAGAACAGAGUUUGUAUGAAAAAAAGCGUAGUAACAGCUACACCUAAAAGAGGACAGAAUAAGAAUAUAUUUAGCAAACUAAAUUCCCAUUUAAACCCGAAAUUAAAGAAAUCCCCAAAAAUAUAUAUGGAGAUUGUGAUAAGCUAAAAAUAAGUAGAUAAGAGUAAUGGGAGAGGCUCUUAAGAGAUAAAAUAGAAACGCUUACAUCUCGUGAAAAUUUAAAAAUAUUAUAAUAACAAAAGGAAAUAUCUGAAAACUGUACUUUUGUUCCAUAGAUCAGCGAUAUUUCAAAACUCAUUAUGGCUGAUAAAUAAGAAAAUUAACCAAUUUAAGACAGACUUUAUGCUGAAGGUUUAAAAAAGUAGUAGGAAAGAGAAGAACUAAAAAGAAAAUAUGAAGAUUCUAAAACAUAUCCAUUCAAGCCCAAUAUUGAAGAAAGUAUAAAAGCCUUGAAAGGUAAUGCAGCUUUCACUAAGCCUCUUUAUUAAAGAGUAGAUGAAGUAGUUAAAGAGAGGUAAGAAAGUCGCCUCUAGCUCUAAAUGCAAACUUAAAACGACUAAUAAUAUACAUUUAAACCUAUUUUGAACCCAAAGAGUGAAGUUAUUGCCAAAGAUAAAAUUGAUGGAAAAAGUGUUGUUCAAAGAUUGUUGGAUGAUAUUCAAGAAAAAGAGUAGAGAAAAUCAAAAAUUAUAGAAAACCAUAAUCAUUCAGUAAGCUAAAUGUGCACUUUCUAGCCUUCAAUAAACCCAUCAAACAGAGAUGAUGAUGAACAAAAAGACUCUGAAUCAUAUUAAAAGAGAUAAGAAGAAUUUGUUUAAAGAUAAUAUUUGAUGGCUGAUUACUUAAAAGAAAAACUAGAAGCUAAGAUAAAAGAAAUUUAUAGUAACAGCGAAUAUACUUUCAAGCCACAAGUCAAUUAAGUCAGUAAGUAUUUGAUUGAAGCUGAUGAAGAGAGAGCUACUGAAACAACAAAUGAUAAAAUUAAGAGACUACAUGAACAAGACAAUUUGAAAAAGUAAAUUGUACAAGAACAAAUUCAAAAAGCUUACUAUGAUCAAUUCUAGUUCAAACCAGAAAUUAACCCACUUUCAAAGAAAAUAGCAAGAAAAAGAAGCUUAGAUUCCCUUGCCUUUGACAAAGAUAAAAAUUAGAAGAAGAAAAAAAUAAAAGAAAAAGUAGAAAAUGAAAAGAUGAAAGAAUGUACUUUUUAACCAACUGUAAAUAAAAAUAAAAAAUACAACAACUUAAAAUCCCACUACGCAGCUGAUAACAUCUAGCAAUCGCUUAAAGAGGAGAAAGAAAAUAAAGAAAAACAAAUUAAUUAAAUUAAAAAAUAAAUUGAAUAUGAGGAGAUGAAAGAAUGUACUUUUAAUCCUGUUACAAAGCAAUUAGAGAGUGUUGAUUAUAAAGAAAAACUUCAGAAUAUGAGAGGUAUCGAUAAGUUCUUACAACAAAAAGAAUUAGCAAAAAAAUAGUAAGAGAUAAACAAAAAGAGAGAAGAAGAGGUUUUUAAUGUUAAAGAUAUGAGUUAAUACAGAGACUCAAAUAAAACAGUGAUUUAACCAUUUAAAUUGUCUAAAGGUUUUGGACCAAUUUAAAAGAAACCAAGAGCUGAUUUCUUGUAAGAAUGCACUUUUUAGCCUUAAACAAAUGAAUCCAAAAACAAAGAAAUUAUUAAAAAAAUAAUAUCUAAUCAAAAUGGGCCAAAUAAAGGCUCUAAAAUGAAUAAUAAUGAAGUCAACUAUGAAAAUUAAUAUGAGCAAGUACCAGAAAUAGAGGAGAUAAACUACGAGCUUUAAAAAAACAUGUAUAAAAACCUGCAAAUCAACAAUUAUUCUAAUAAUUAUGAAAAUGUGGAAAAUAUUAACAAAAAUAUUCAAUAACACAUUCCUCGCUAAUAAUACCAGAAUAAUUCUAAUUAAUAUUCUAUUUAUAGUUAAAAAAACUGA